GCCGCGUACAAGGCGUGCACACGUUGCCGUCAUUCGCCGCCGCCGCCGCCGCCGUAAUCUGUACCGUCGUCACCGGCCACUUCUUCCGCCGUUUUUGCUUCUGCCGACGCCGUUCCCGGCGGUCCACUGCAUCCGUCGCGCGGCCUCGCCGUCCACACAGCGUAGCGUCCCAAUAUCUCUUAGAUCCCGCAACAGGUAUCGGUCGCGCGCCAAACGACCAAUCGUCGUCCGUCUCGUCUUUUUCCGCCCGCACAUGGUACGCCGCUCAACCGUCCACCACCACCACCCGCCGGGUCUCGUGCACGCGCGCCGACGAUGACGUGCUAAUGACUGGAUGUCACGCGAAUCGCUUAGCACGCCGCCGUCGCCGCCGUCGCGUUCAAACCCGUCCGACUAAAUGGAAGUGUACGUCUUGUUACAGGAUACCAAUUCAAUAUCAAAUUCGACAAACAACGGGACACCGGAAAAUGACGAGUACGAGGACAGCGGAGAGGUGGCUCUGACAGCGCUGCCACUGUUCUGUAUAGGAUCGUUUCUGAUCGUCGUUAUAUUUUUGUCGAUCGCCGGCAACGUACUGGUGUGCAUGGCCAUCUACACCGACAGAGGCUUACGAAGAAUUGGUAACCUGUUCUUGGCCUCAUUAGCGAUUGCUGACCUUUUUGUCGGGGCAUUGGUUAUGACGUUCGCGCUAGUAAACGACCUGCAAGGCUACUGGAUGUUCGGUGCCAAAUUCUGUGACAUAUGGACUGCAAUAGACGUGAUGUGCUCAACCGCGUCCAUACUCAAUCUAUGUGCCAUAUCACUUGAUAGAUACAUUCACAUAAAAGACCCGCUGAGGUACACGACGUACUUGAACCGGAGGAACGCUCUGCUGGCGAUCGCCGGCGUCUGGGCGCUGGCCGCGUUCGUGUCGGUGGUGCCCAUCUGCAUACUGAGCAUCCACCGGCCGCCCAAGCCGGUGGUGUUCCACGCGGGCGACACCGAGUACAUGAGGUGCGCGCUGGACCUGACGCCCGAGUACGCCAUCAUAUCGUCGUGCAUCAGCUUCUACAUACCGUGCGUGGUGAUGAUCGGCAUCUACUGCCGGCUGUACCGGUACGCGCAGAAGCACGUGCAGAGCAUCCGGGCGGUGACCCGGCCGCUGACCACCACCACGACCGCCACGGCCGCGGCGUCGUCGGCCACCACGCUGACGGCCGUGCACCACCACACGUCGCCGUACCACGUGAGCGACCACAAGGCCGCGAUCACGGUGGGCGUGAUCAUGGGCACGUUCCUGCUGUGCUGGGUGCCGUUCUUCUGCGUGAACAUCAUCGCGGCGUUCUGCAAGACGUGCAUACCCGAGGCCGCGUUCAAGGUGCUCACGUGGCUCGGCUACUCCAACUCGGCGUUCAACCCGAUCAUCUACUCGAUAUUCAACACCGAGUUCCGGGACGCGUUCCGCCGCAUACUCACCACCCACUACCCGGACUGGUGCUUUUGCAAGGGCUACCGGACCGUGGUGCUCAGCUCGGACGCGUCGUUCCGGCACCGGCAACGCCGGAAGACCUGCACCGGCGGCGGCGGGUGCGAUUUCGUGUCGUCCGCGUCCGCCACGGCCGUCGUCACCGCCGCCGCCGCCGCCGCGGUCAAGCACAACGGCAAGGCGGCAGCAGUGGCGGCACCGCUUCGUGUGGCGGCGGCGGCGCGGCGUCGGUGCGUGCGCGCCGCGUGGCGAGCGAGAUCGUCGGUGGCGUCGCUCCAUGAUGCGUAUCGUCCGUCGAUCAUCAGCCGUGAGCAGAUUCGACCGCCCGCGGCGACCUGCCUCGUUCGCCGUCGAGCAUCUCAGUCUGAAUGCCCUCGUUGGUAUAACGCGUACCAAUAG